AUGGAUCACACGCCCAGUGCCGCCACCGCCAAACCGAAGCGGAAGCUGGUGACGGGGAGCGAGAACGCGGAAGACACGGAAGCGGCGCUGGUGGCUGAGCGGCGCAGCAUCGACAAGGAGCGGGCGGCCAUCGCCGCCGAGCGCGCGGCGAUCGACAGGGAGCGGCAGCGGUUCGACCUCGGGUGGGAGAUGAUCGAGAAGGGCAAGGGCAUCAUCCGCCAGGAGCUCGACAAGCUCGUGGCCGAGCGCCAGGCCUGGGAGAAGGAGCGCGAGCGCGAGAAGCAGAGCCUGGCCAAGCGCAAGGCCGAGCUCGACGCCCAGGAGAGCGACAAGGCCGCGACCGCCGGUGGUGGCGGUGGUGCCGCGGCGGCCAACACUGCGCCGCCGCGCGGCGUGGAGCAGAUCAUCGAGGAGGAGAUCCAGCGCGCGGCCCGCGACGAGAUCGAGAAGAUUCGCGGCGCGUGGGUGCUGUCGCUGGCCGACGCCGAGAAGGGCCGCAUGGAGAUCGAGCGGAUCAAGGCCGAGUGGGAGAAGGAGCGCGACCGCCAGCUCAAGGAGCGCGAGGACAUAGAUCAGGAGCGCGGCCUGCUCGAGCGGCUCAAGGCCAACCUCAUCCCCGCGCAGCAGGGGCUCAUCGCCGCUGCGGCGGCUGCGGCUGCGGCCGCCGGGGGAGGCGGCAAGGGCGGCGGUCGCCAGCCCGAGUCGCUCCACGGGCUCCUCCCGCACGUGCCGCUCCCGCACUACCUCCAGCCGCAGCACAUCCAGCCGUCGCCGCCGCCGCAUAAGCAGCAGCACGCGUACCAGCCGCACUCGUCGUCAUCGUCGUCUUCUUCUUCGUCGUCGCAGAGCCCUCACCACCAACAGAAGCAGCCGCAGCAGCAGCAGCACGCGGGUGGCCACCACCACCCACAGAAGCACUCGUUGCACUCGGGCCAGCCGCAGUCGCACCACUCGGGCGCGAGCCAGCAGCACCAACAGCCGAAGGGCGAGAGCGGCAGCAGGGAUGAGCAGCACAGGCAAGGAGCGAAGAGGCGACGGAAGGAGGAGGACGAGCACCGCACGUCCUCAUCGUCUUCAUCUUCGUCGUCAUCGGCCGCCCCAGACAGGGAAAAGGAGGAGGCGCGGUCGAUGGACGAUGACGACGACAACGAAUACGGCACGGCCCAUCCGCGGAAAGAGCGGCGAGUGUCCUCUUCCACGCAGGAGGGCGACUACGAGUACUCUUCGGAUUACGUUCGCUCAAGAACGAGGAGGACGUGGGAGGAGCGAUACGAAGAGCUCAAGCAGUUCCAGCAGAAGCAUGGCCACCUCUACAUCCCCUACUCUGAUAAAGGGAACAUGAAGCAGCUCUACGAAUGGGUCAGCACACAGCGCAAGAACCACCGCAAGAAGAGUCUGAAGAAGGAUCGCUUCCUGCUGCUGGACGCGCUCGGGUUCCCGUGGACGGGCAAGCGCGAGCUGCUGGCGGCGGCCAAGCACACGUCGUCUCCGCCGCGGUCGGGCGCCAACUCGGUCGCGUCGCUGCUGUCGCCGGCGGCCGACGACGUUUCGCAGCCGUCGUCGUCCCUCCUCUCCUCGCUCGCGUCGCUGGCCCACGAGGAGCGAGGCCGGGCCAAGGUCCCGCACAGCGAAGACGAAGACGACGGCGGCGGCUCGUCCGAUCGCGAUGACUGA